UUCAUGCAUGGACUUUGCAAAGAGGGAGACAACUGUCGAUAUUCACAUGAUCUGACCAGCAGCAAACCUGCAGCCAUGAUCUGCAAGUUCUUUCUGAAAGGAAACUGUGUGUUUGGGGACCGUUGCAGGUUUGAACACUCUAAACCAGCCAAGCAAGCUGAACUGCACGGUGCUGUGCCGCUGCCGCUGCCGCUGCCUUCAACUCCCCUGCCACCUGCCACUGCAUCAGAUCCAGUGCCUAGUGGGUCUGGUAGUGCAGUGCCUAGUGGGUCUGGCUGUGCAGUGCCGAGUGGGUCUGGCUGUGCAGUGCCGAGUGGGUCUGGCUGUGCAGUGUUGAGUGGAUCUGGCUGUGCAGUGGACAGCUCUGAGAUGCAACAGAGCACAGGGACAAGGGACUGGGUCAAUGCUGCUGAGUUUGUACCAGGACAGCCCUACUGUGGACGGGCUGAUCCUGUGAAAGUGGAGGGGCCUGUCCCUCUCAUCGAGGACUUUGAGAAGGACUCAGCCCGGGAUAACAAAGAAUUGAAGAAGCAGCUGUGUCCAUAUGCUGCCGUUGGCGAGUGCCGCUACGGACUAAAUUGUGCCUACCUCCAUGGUGAUGUCUGUGACAUGUGUGGCCUGCAGGUGCUCCAUCCCACCGAUAACACCCAGCGGUCGGAGCACAGCAAGGCUUGUAUUGAGGCUCAUGAGAAGGACAUGGAGAUUUCUUUUGCUAUCCAACGCAGCAAGGACAUGAUCUGCGGUGUAUGCAUGGAAGUGGUGUUCGAGAAGGCUAACCCCAGUGAACGUCGUUUCGGCAUCCUCUCAAACUGUUGCCACUGUUACUGUCUCAAAUGCAUUCGCAAAUGGAGGAGUGCCAAACAAUUUGAGAGCAAAAUCAUCAAAUCCUGCCCAGAGUGUCGCAUCACAUCCAACUUUGUUAUCCCGAGCGAAUACUGGGUCGAGGAUAAGGAUGAGAAGCAGAAGCUCAUCCAGAAAUACAAAGAUGGCAUGGGGAGUAAACCAUGUCGAUAUUUUGAUGAGGGCCGUGGGACCUGUCCAUUCGGUUCAAACUGCUUUUACAAGCACGCGUUUCCUGAUGGGCGCUUGGAGGAGGCUCAACCCCAGAGAAGGCAGACAGGAUCCAAUGGAAGAAACAGGAAUGCAAGGAGAACGCCUCUCUGGGACAUUUUUGAUGAGCGGGGAAGUACAGAUUCCUUUGACAAUGAGGAUGAGGACAUGGUGACAUUUGAGUUGAGUGAGAUGCUCCUCAUGCUGCUUGCUGCAGGCACCGACGACGAGGUGACAGAUUCAGAAGAUGAAUGGGACUUGUUUCACGAGGAGCUGGACGAUAUCUAUGAAAUUUACCUAUAGCAGCCCUGCCCAUUACCCCUGCCUCUCCCCUAAGGCACAUACCAACCCCUCAUACUAAACUCUAGAAUGGACUGUCUUGUGCAAGUGAUGGACAGUAGCUUUUUAUCCCUGUGUUGUGGCACUGCCCUUAAGCAGGCCAUAAAUAAAUGAACUUUAAGAAAAAUUGAAAAAAGAAAAAAUCAGACGUCACACUUGUGCUAAACAUUUUCUAGAAACUGUCCUUGUGAAUCUAUUGUGUGGUUCAUGUAAAAAGGAAAAAAUAACAAAACAAGAGAAUCAGUAUAGGAAUUAACAAAAUCGUUAUUCAUUUCUAUAAAUAUUGCUAAUAAACAUUAUCAAGAUGA